CUUUUUAUUAACAUUAUCAAUAUUUUUCUUUUGUAAUAAGUCACUUGUAAAUUAUUAUCGAUAUGGAUCUUAAAUAUAUUUUAUGCGAACCUGUAUCAAAACUUGCUGCCAAAGCAAAUGAACAAGCUGCUUUGAUGCAACAACAUCAAAAACAGUUUGGUGUAGAAUGGUCAAAUAAUCGUUUAUAUUCAUCUAAUCAACAACAAAAACAACAACAAGAUUGGAAUCACCCUUUAGUACCACCAUUACUGACCCUUCAUCAUAGUCCAAAAAGUAGUUGUAGUAGCUUAAGCACAUGUAGCAGUACAAGUUCAAAUAAUAGCCGUAGUAAUGAUGAGUUUAUAGCAAUCCCUAAUAAAAGUAAAAGCCUUACUCCAUUACAUACUACUAGUAGUUCAAGUCAAAAAUCAUCAAGACGUCGAACUGCAAGUGAUGUAAGCCUCACAAGACAUCAUAUGUUCGUCUAUAGUCACUUUAAUCGUAGACCACGCUCAGAGUCCACAAGUAGUAACAAUACUCAACAUAAUAAUGUACAAACAAGAAUCCCCUGGACACCUUUCGAAGAUCAUUUACUUCAACAAGGAUAUGAUCAAGGCUUAUCAUGGGCAAUGAUUUCUUCAACUUAUCUUCCACAUAGGUCCAGAGGCUGUUGCUGGGGAAGAUAUAAAACUCUUCAAAAUAAGAAUAUGAUUGAUCCGAAUCAUUCUCAAUUGCGCCAUUUUAGAAGACCUUGGAAAUCAAUUGAUUUUAGUCAUCAUCAUCACCAUCAACAUAGUAAAAAAUCAUGCUUGUAAAUAGAUAGCCUGGUAAUCUCUUAACUUAUUCCCCUCAAUUAUGCAACAACACUCAUUAGAAUAUAUAAUAUACGCAUAUCAAUAUAAAUUUUCGG